CCACUGCAGGAUAUGGAAGAUCGGGAUUUGGCCGCGCUUGAAGAACGAUUAUACUCCUCCAUCCACCACUCCUACGAGGAUGAAACGCCGGCAAAGGUCGCUGAUGCAACACCGUUCCCUGCUCCAGCCACUCGCAUUGUUUCACGCAUGGCGGUUGUUAACAAUAGCCAAGGGAUGCUAUCAGCAAACACGAAACGGUAUUGGGCCGGUCCUGCCGCUCCGGAGGACCGUGCCGGAGAACGAGCACCGUGCGCUCAAAACAGUUUAACUAAUGGUGUGCCAAAACCAUCCGCACCUGGAGUGAAUGUGUCGGAAACCGUCAGAGAUGGUGGUGGAAUCGAUAUAAGAAAGAUGUUCCUAGCCCCGUACCAAUCACUGCUCGGAAACAACGAUGGUAAAGUUAGCGAAAAUCAAUCACCAUCACUUCCGGACGAUGCUAGCCUGCAUCAGAACGUUCCAGAGCGUGUAUCUACAACAAAACAAGCAACUAAAGAACCAGCGCUGCAGUUGAAGAAGAAAAAACAAACCAAACAGGCCGGACAGUAUGUGGGGAAAAGGUUAGCAAGCCUGCUGAAGCUAGUAGACAAGGAUAGGAAAGAGAAUGCCAUGCAAGUGUUGGAGUCGAAAAAAACAAAGGCAAACCGUGUGCGACAACGUAAACGGGCCCCAGUGGUUGUGGCAGAAAUAUGCAUCAAUUCGUCUGACGAAGAAUCACAGCCUGUAAAAUCGAAGAUUGAACUCGAUGCGCCGCUUUCGCUAUCCGAUGAGGAAACGGAUGAGGUCAUCAUCAUACCAACACCACCACCGCCACAAAUCUGUAUUGAUUGCAGUGACGAAGAAGAACCGAGCAGCACCAACAGCAGCAGUCAAUUUGCCUUACCAAAAACAAAGAAGCAGAAACUCACACCCGCUACCUCAUCACGCUGCCACAGCCCAUCGAACAGUUCGAUAAUGUCGGAUGAUUUUAUCGGUCAGCACGAUCGAUCGAGGUUAAAUGAUAGCUUUACCGAAAGUAUUCCGAGCGACGAUGAGCUGGCAAAUACAAUGGAAGGAAAUCGUCGCAUCGGAACGUCCGGUAAACCGGCUAAGGAAACGAUGGAAGUGCGAUUAGAAAGAGUUCCAUCCAUCUCAUCGAUAGAUACGGUUUGUACCAAUGGGGAUACCACCGAUCAGGAAAAACGCCCACAAGAGACUGGCAAAACUGGUACAGCCAAAUCCCAACCCCAGGCGAAUGGGAUCGGAGCAGCAACGAAUACAAAAAGUAAAAAGGAUUCUACAACCACUAAGAAGACACCUUCCAAAGGGAAGCUUUCGAAACCGGCACCGGCCUCUUCGACGGUCGUCGAGGCAGCAAACUCACCAUGCACCACGACCAAAGGAAAUGCAAACAGCAAACCAAGCUCCGGAACAAUAUCAACGGACUCUUCGCCAAAAACGCCCGGUAAAUCAAAAACAAAAAGCAUAUCGCUUGUGAUGGAGCUCGUCCGCAAGCAGUUCGAAUCGAAAAAGACACGUUCGGACGGUUCGGGCAAAAAGGCGAAAUCGAAAAAGGACGCAUCGACCACCGCUUCGCCGUCGGACAAACCGACAAACGAAUACGCGGAAAAGGAUACAGUGGGCAAGGGUGGCAGCGCAGGAGCAAAGUCCAAAUCGAAAAAGAUUAGACUCUUCGAAGAGAAUGUAUCCUCGGAAAGUGAUUACGACAUUUUGCGUAAGGAUGCUGCAGCAAGCGCUACCACACCACAGGAACCGGAUAAACGAUCGAGACGUUCGGCGUUAACGUUCAUUGAGCAGGCGGCCGAUGUGUCGUCCGAAAGUGAUUACGAUGAAAGCUUUUUGCAGACGAAAAAAAACGUCGCCGAAAAGCAAACGGUCGAGAGGGAACCGAAAAAACGGAUCGGCCGUAAGCGAAAGCAGUACAACUCGGAAACGUACUCGGAUGAAGAUUUUGCCUGCCUGCUGACGGACAUUGUGCGAGCAGUAUCGGACACAGAGGAGGACGAAGACGAUGAGGAUGACGUUACUGGAAUUGCAGAAAAUAAUGCUGCUGUCACAAAGACAGUGCCAGCAGAAAUGACAGAGACAGUAACAGCAGCAACAUCCAUACCAAACCCAGUGAACAACGACACUGCCGGCGAAGAACAGCCAGCAACAUCUAAACUGGACCGUAAUCCGAAGAAAAAGAGAAAGGUAAAAGAUGUGCCACCGGUAGGAACAGCAGAAGAUGGCAAAGUGAUCACAACACCACCACCCGAUACGACGCAGAUGGAGGAGCAGCCGGAUCCAGGUUCAAAGAAGAAGAAAAAGGCGAAGGAACCAAAAUCAACCGUUAAGGAUAUCGCAGCAGACAGUAGCGCACCGGAAACUCAAACCACCGGUACAGCGGAACCUGUAGCACCGCCUUCGACUGUAAAAAGAAAGAAGAAGCAAACAACUACAGCGGCAAGCGUGCCAACAACAUCCGACGACAUUCAAACGAUCGUCGAUUCGGACGACGAAGACAUACAACUUGUCGUAAACACGCCUCGGGAAAGUGCGCGAAAAACACCAACCCUUGGUCCGGACUGUGCCUGGAACGAGGAAAUGAAGGAAUUCUACAACACUUCGUGGGCCGGCGAAAACAUGGAUUUGGAAAUGGUUUUAAGAAAGAUGCCAUACCAUACCAGACAGUGGCAUAUUGUGCACAGGGAUCGGUUUCCUGAGCCACCCAGAAAGGAAAUUACCUGUACCAACUGCGGUGAACGUGGCCACGUGAAAAUCAGAUGUCGCAACGUACCGAAGCUGGCGAUUUGCUACAUGUGUGGAGAGAAAGGACACAAGGAACCGCGUUGCCCCAAAACGAUCUGCUUAAACUGUGGAGCGAAAACGCGUAGCUUCGUACGGGGAUGUAAGAGCUGUUCACGCGAAGCUGACGUUCUAUGCUUCCUGUGCGGUGUACGGGGACACACUCAGCGCAGUUGUCCGGAUUUGUGGCGUCGAUAUCACAGCACGACUGAGGAUAAUGUUCCGCUAAAGGAGGACUUUGAGAAAAAUCCAAAAGCACGAUGGUGCUCCAUUUGCUGCCGAUUCGGUCAUCAGGCACACACGUGCAACGAUGCCCGGCGAAUCUUUGGUCAUCCGAUACCCAACGUUAACGUUAGCUCGUACAUGCCAGCGUACCGGGGAGAAUACAAUCGUUACAGUAAGCAUCAGAAUGAUGAGCAGGAGAGACGCCUCGCGGAGAAUCCUACUGCCCGAUACAAUUUGUUUAGCGAAGAUGCUAAUGUGUGUGAGUUCAAUUUGCCCGAGAUGGCACAAAACGAAAAGGGGUUCUACUUCAAUUUUCUCAGAUCAACUGGUCUGUUGGAAAAGCAUGAACAGUUUAACAGGGAACAGGAGGAAGCUAAAAUGCUGGAACAGAGACAACAGCAGGAGCUUAUGCAGCCACCGGUCCCUCAAACAGCCAUGGAAUCUACACCUCCACAAAACCCACCUGUUGUGCAGAUAAAGGAGGACCCACAACCAGUAAUGGAACAGUCCGCUACUGUUGCUGAACCUUGCCAGCAAGAACCUACCACCAGUAAAAUUAUGCCUGCCGGCAACAAUGUUCCAGUAGUGGAAGAAAAUUCCAACUACAGUUUUUCCGAAUUUCAAACCGAUACCAGUACAGACAUGCAUAAUUCGUUCGACAAUGUACAUCAGCAUGUGGAGGAGGAAAAAUCGCCGCCACCGGCCGACAAUUUGGCGACGAUCGAAAACAACACCGACCACUGGCUCUCUGACUAUAUUCCUCUUACUGUUGCUGAUCCGGUUGCUGCAACGACGUCGACACCCUCACCAGAACUACCACAAAUGACAGCACCAGCACCAAAUCUCCCACUAGCUAGGGCGUCCGAGCCGGACGAAAUCGCACCAACGGCGGUAGCAGAAAAUGCAAAGGUACUGCUCAGCAAGGAGCAUGCAACUUUGCUGCUGUCAGAAAAGGGUGCCGAAUUUCUCAGCUCCACAGGCAAACAGCACUGUGUGCAGCUGAGCAUCUUGUUCGAAUCGGUCGGCAAUGUGCUGCUCAUUACCGGUACGCCCGACGCUCAGAAUGCCUUUCACGAGCGGUUGGUACAGUACCUGAGAGAAAUGGAGGAAGUCACUCGAAAUAGCAAAUACUUCCAAAACGUGGUACCCAGAAACUUUGGCAAAAUGUCGCGCUACAUUGCAGGAUAUCUGCGUUUUCUGGUGCGUGAGAAGGACAGCAUGCGCCAUCUGUUGACACAGCUAAACCACUCCAAAAAUCCGGAAACGCAGGAAAAAUGUCGCCGCCGGCUAAACACAACCCUGUUCGGUGUGUAUGGUUUGCGGGAUGGGCGAAUGCAUCUUAAUAUACUGCGCAACCAGUUGGCGCUGUGCAAGAAAGCGAUUCCCCAAAAGGGUGAGCUCGAAGAGUACCAGCGUGUAAUUAUAAGUGAUGCGAUACGGUACAUUUUCUCUGGCUACGAUCACAAGAACUACGAUGCAGUGGUGGAAGAGUUUGAGCUGUUGAAACGGACGAACAAGCUAGAUAUACUCACGUUCUAUGAUUUGGGUUUAUCGAGGAUCAUAAAACAUCCCCAAACCUCCGAGAUGCCGGCCGAGAAACCACCAAGCAAAGGAAAGAAAAACAAAAAUGCUGCUAAACCGAAUGUGGAAGUAGUACUAUCAAGAAAAGCUAAAAAGCAGAUGAAGGAAAUGAUGGCCGCCGCACAGCGGAAUGAAUCUAUUACCGAGGGUAAUGUUCAUAACUCUAAUACGACCGUUGGUGGUAAUGAUUUCAUAAUGAACACAACAACAACCGCACCCUUUCCGACGAUUGAUCCGGUUCGGCUGCAACAGCUCGACAACUCUACGCGCUACGUGCAUCAUUCAUCGCAGGAGCGCGAAAAUGUGGCCUAUGCACACUAUUCGAAAAAUUGGCCCAAUCGCGAAUGGGGACGUUAUGGGUCGCCAAGAGACGAUCGGGUCCGUUACCACUGGUACCGACAGUCGGAUCCAGAAAACCAACGGCAACAGCAAAGCGCGGCCGAUUUAUCGCGGCUGGCCGUGCGAGCUAACACGCUACGCGAUCAGGAGUUGAAUCAGCUGCAAAGGCUGCAGGAUAUGUUACGGCGGUGA